AUUAGAACACGGUGAGAUAAAAUUAUAAGAAGCAUUCUCGUUAUCCCACUUUUCAGUGCAGAUGUAUAUAUAGAGAGAGAAAAAAAAAAAAGAAAAAAAAAAAGACAUUUAGAUUUGCACAUAGAGAGAGAAACAAAGUGAGUAAUGUUAGAUCCAGCAAAUGGGUUGCUACCUCCACCUUCAUCUCCAACUAUCUCCUCCGUUUCUUCCUCCGAUCUCGACUCUGAGUCAACAGGUUCGUUUUUCCAUGAUCGAAGCACCACUUUGGGGACUCUGAUGGGUGUUUCCUUCCCUGCAAUCACGUUUCGAGAUCCCUCACAGCAUCGGCAAACCAAUUUGAUUUCCGCCGCCGUCACCGCCGACGCCGUCGGCGGCGGAGGGCGUCGGAAGAGCAAGAAUUCGGCAUUGGUGGCCGCGGCGGCGGAGAGGCGAAGGAGGUGGUGGAGGCUGUGCAGAGACGACGAUGGGUUGAAGCGCUCGUCGUUGGGUGAGUUUCUGGAGGUGGAACGGAGGUUCGGAGAUGGGGCGUUUUACGGUGUUACGGCAGAGCUUGAAGGUGUGGUGGAGCAGCCGAGGAAUGGACGGCUGCUGUUUGCUGAUGGGAGGGUCCUACCACCCGCGCAACCGGAGGAUGGGUCAUCAACGGCUGGUGCUCACUCUCGGUUCUCGGUUUCUCUAACCGGGAUCUGUAGCGGCGGUGUAGGAUAGAAUUUGUGGUUUGUUUUUUUUUUUACUUUUCAUGAUUAUUAGUAUAACUCUCUCUGAUUAAAGUUUAUACAUUAAACACUUUUGUUUGUGGGAAAA